AGGCUGAUGUGCAGAAAGAACAUUGGUUGUACAACUAUGUAUACUAGUCGCUCGUGAAUUGCACAUUUGUCAGUACGACUACGAGCUUCGACCUAGAAGAUAGAUUUUAUUACUUUCAGGGUUGUAUUAGAGGAAGAGUAAGAGACCAGGCCUGGUAUUUCACCAAUACAAGUUGUAGUAGUAAGCGACCUGCACGCCGCUUUUCCACAGACUCGUACGUUAAAUCUUUCCAAAUCCUUAUUUCUUCCCAUAGAAAACGACCAGGAUCAACAUGGGUAAGUUCCGCAAGCACGGGUCGAAGCACGACAAGGGGCCGAAGAAGAAGAACAACAAGGGCCCGAAGAAGGAUGCGAUUCACGGGAUCAAAGCCGGUGCCAAGGGCAUCGCCGCGCAGUACCUCACCCGGGCGCAGAGUUUGAAAAAGCUGCAGCUUUCCCUCGUCGACUUUCGGCGGCUGUGCAUUUUGAAGGGGAUUUACCCCCGCGAUCCGAAGAAGAAGCCGCAGGGGAACGACAAAACCUACUACCAUGUGAAAGACAUCCGGUUUCUGCAGCACGAGCCGCUGUUGAUGAAAUUCUUCGAGCUGAAAACCUACAUGAAGAAGUACAAAAAAUGUUUGGGGAGGGGGGAUAAGAACACCGCGAAACGGGUGCAGGAAAACAAACCGGAAUACACGCUGCAUCAUCUGGUAUUUUUUUCAUUCUCGAAGGUUUAUUUUGGGCUUACUUACUUAUUUUCAUUUCGAUUUCCCUUGGUUGCAGCACGGGAUUUCGAUGUGUCAUGGAAUCGAGCAGGAGCAAGAAGACCACGACUCGCAUUGCAUACUGAUGUAGUGUGUUGAGGAACCAACGACGUACUUUGUGAUGCUGCAUUACACAUCAAGACAAGAAUUUCGAACAUCACCAUACCACAGGUCCGCGAGCGCUACCCGACUUUCAGCGACGCGAUCCGGGAUUUGGAUGAUUCGCUUUCCAUGGUCGCGCUCUACGACUGCCUGCCAACCGACCAGAAAAAUGAAAUCCGUGGCGACGUGGUGCAGGAGAGUGCCAGGCUGGUGCACGAAUUUUUCCUGUACGUGAUCCAGACAAAGUCUUUGAAGAAGUGCUUUGCGAGCAUCAAGGGCUACUACUUCCAAGCAGACAUCCAGGGGGAAACCGUCACCUGGCUCGUGCCGCACAAGUACACCCAGGAACUGCCGGCCGAGGUGGACUUUCGGGUACUUACGAUAUGAUAAAUUGCUUCGUUUUUCUGCUGUUUGUGCUCGUGGCAGUAAAAAUGAUCGGAAUCAUCUCCUUACUUUGCCUCAUUUGCAGCAUGACAAGAAAAUGAGUGCUGUUCAUCAGGUCUGUUGUUCGCAUUUGGAAAAAUAAAUAUUUAUAUCUUGCACGACUGGGAAGUCGACAAGACAAGAAAAAUCUUGAUGAAAAGACCCGGAAAAUUAUUCAAAUUCAAAAAACAGGUGAUGGGCACCUUCAACGAAUUCUACCGCACCAUGCUGAAGUUUAUCAACUUCAAGCUUUUCGUAUCAAAUGUAAAAAUGUCUGGGUCUGGAAGAUUGCCAGGGUUGUCAUGCACAUUUUGCAUGACUCCUGAUGCCUGUGAUGCAUGCCCUAGCAUCACAGAUUUUGUGAGGGCUUCCUGAUGCCUAUACCGCAUGACAAAUGCUCUUUCCGUGUAGCGAAACUUGGACUCUCUUUCCUGCUCAUGCAAUACAGAUUUUUUUAGAAUCCAAAAUCAGCAUGACAAUUCCAGACCCAGACAUUUUUAUAGUUGAUAUUUCGCGGAGGCGAAAUUUGAGUACCCACCAAAAUUCAACUACAAACGGGAUGCCGCAGACAUGGCGAAAUUCUACGUCAAAAAUGCGGACUCGAAGAAGGUAUUUACUAUUGAAGUACAAGAAGCCUGUAGUUGCACACACUACUAAUGAGAGAAAAUAACCAUUUUCAACAUCUUUGCACCUGUAGGAAGAUAAGUAACGACUGACACGUGCGGGGUAGACUGCUCCUGUACAAGAAUGCUAGUUCUUACUUCUAGAUAAUGUACUAGCGCAAGAAGCGUGCGAGUGCAACAUGGCAAAAAUAUUGAUACAUUAGGUUCAGCAGACCGAAGAGCAGCGACAGAACGAGAAGCGCGAGGUGGAGGCGGCGACAAUCCAGGAUUUCGCAGCCGUGUCCGAUAUCAAAUGUAAAAGUGUCUGGGUCUGGAAACUUGUGAUGCUGGGUGGCGUCUCAUGAUGGGGCCACAAAGGCUGGCUCAGCAUGACAAGUUCCUGAGCCUCUAGGUGUUGCCUAUUCUGCAUGACAAACUGCGGUUCUGCAUCGCAGAAAAAUGGAGCUCUUGGGUAACGUGCAUGACAGAUUCAAGACUCAUGCCAGACAAGCAUGACAAACAUGCACUCUUCCAGACCCAGACAUUUUUACAUUUGAUAUCCGAAGAAGUUCAGCAACUACAGCUGCUGAAGCAGCCAAGUAGUUCUAAAGGCGUCUUUUCCGGCAUGCGGGUUUUUAUCCAAAGGGAAGUGCCCUUCCACUCCAUCUACUUUGUGCUCAAGUCCGGUGGGGCGGAGGUAUCUAUACUUGUGAAAUGAUGGAGGAAUUUUUUUGCAUGAUGACAGACAGAGUGAUGAAAACGGAAAAAAGAAGUAAAGCUAAAGGUGUUUUGGUUUUGUUUGCUGGAUAUAAAUGCACUAUGUGAAAAAAAACCGAAAUCCAAUCCCACAGGUCGGCUGGUCGCUUCUCCCAGCCUCUCCCUUCAAGGAGAACGACAAGAAGAUCACGCACCAGAUCAUUGACCGGCCCUCCAGUCAGUUCACCCAAAUCCCCGGGCGGGAAUACGUGCAGCCGCAGUGGGUGCUGGACUCCUUCAACGAAAACCUGAAACUCCCGGUGGAUCCCUACCUGCCGGACAAAAUCUGCCCGCCGCAUUUGUCCCCCUUUGUGGACGACAAGGAGGAGGGUUACGUGCCGGAGAGACGGGAAAUCUUGAACAAACUGCUCAGCGGUGGAUCUUCGAGCAGUUCAUCCUUCGCAGGCGCGGAGAAGAACGUCAAUGCAGCUGACAAGAACGACGAGGAAAUAGACCACGAAGCACAAUUUCUGAAGGAACUGCAGGCCGAAGCCAAGGGCGUCUGGGCCAGUGAGUUCGCGAGGCAGAAGGAGGCAGAGGACGAUGAUGAUGCGGAGGACGAUGGCAGCUCAACAAGCGCAGAGGAGAACGAGGAGGCUGAAGAUGCAGCGUCAAAUAAACCGGAAGCAGCAAGCUCAGAGAUGAUGUUGAAAAAUGAAGACGACACAGCAGGACCAGGAGCAGCAGAGAAAGCAGCUGCAGCUGCAGGCACAACUAGUACAGCGCCUCCUGUCGAGAAGAAGCUGACAAAGGCUGAACGGGAAGCCGCGGAGGACUUGGCGAGGAGAAAAGCGAUGAUGCCGAAGAAGCACCAGCGCCUGCUGCAGAGAAUCGAGAAAACGGAGAAGGACAAAGUAGACAAAGCGGUCUUGCUCACUAGCAAAAGGAAAGAACUCAAAAAGGGGGGGAAAAAGAAAAAGCAAAACAAAGCCUGAGUUUUAUAUCCUCCUCCUGAGCUUAUCCGAUUUGUAUAUAGACGCAGCGCAUAAUUUUAGUUGACGAUUUACUUUCAACGCGGUCUAUCGUAAUGGCAAUGAUCAUGACGUGACUUCUUGCUGUUGAAUUGUGAUGCAUAGAAACGAAAAUACGUCUUGGUAU